AUGGACCCCAAAUUUGUGUACUUUAUCAAGUUAAACAGCUACAUUGUAGUGAGCAUGAUAGUGAUACACGUACGGGACGUUGUGCAGAGGCAGAGUGGCCACCAGUACCCUUUAGCCGAAUGGCUUGAAGUGCGUAAUCAUCCGCUCGUAGAGGAUGUGUUUAACAGAUAUUGGAAGUUGGCCGAAUUUACUCAUCUGUUGGGUGUCCUGUUGGAAAUUGAACAUUUUCUUAUCCCGAUCGGGUUUAUAUUUGGCCUGGAAGUGCUCACUGUUGCUGCUGGAGACGUGAUCUGGAACGAUAUAGGGGAGAAUUAUAAAUUCCUCCUAGCUCUAAUCAUUUGGUUCGGUAAGGCCCAUAGACACACGUCAUCUGACGUUUGCUUGCGUGCGAUCUUAACGCGGUAUUUGUUCUUUGUUCCUCCCAACUACCGCUAUGUAAAAGUGUACUUUUACUACAUCAUGUACAUCCUCCGGAAGUUGUUCCGAGCGAGGAAUUGCAACGUUUCCGGGUCAGAAUCACCUGCAAACGCCAUCAGACGCAUUAUGAGGGAGUUUACUCAAACGAAAGAUCGUACCGCUUCCCAGGAUCCAGAAUCAGAUGUUGGCAACCCAUUGGUCAAGGUGUAAGUGCUGUCUUUCCUGUUCUAUACAAUUGAUAAACUUUCUUCUGACUACUACAAGUUCUUGGAUUUUCUCCAAGUUCUCUAAUUGUCAAAAAUUACUUAAGGUUUAAGCUUGAAAUGGUAGCUCUCGAGCGAGCGGCUUGCAUGAGUCACUGAGAGGGAAGGUCACAUAUCGCUCCCCAAACCAAUGUUUGCCUGAUGUACGUACGACGUUUCGUAGUUAUCGCAUAAAAGCAUCAAACAUUGAAAACGCACCAAAACUGACGCCGGCGCACUACCCAUUGAUGCGACAUUGACGAUUUGAAAGAACUGUUGUUGUGAUUGUGGAGUUGGCCGUUACCUUUAUCUUGCAGUUGACUGUUUGAAGCACACGGAGCAGUUGUUGCCCGUCAUGUGUACAGACGCGUGUGAUUGACUUGAGUGUGUCAAGGCAUGUCAAAUUCAAGCCACUGCUCCCGAAUAGUGUUAGGUAAGGGUCCGUUGAAGUUAUGUUUCGCCAAACAGCAUUGGCAUUUGGUUCCUACUUAAGUGUGUAGAGAGGACUGAAUUUAUCGAAUAAAAGACGUCAUAUUGUUUUCUAA